GCUCAUUUUGACAGAUAAGAUAAGAGUUUUUUGUGGUUUUGCUGCAUUUCGUUUCCCAAAUUAUAUUUUGCUCUUAGUUUUCGCUUUAAGUUAAAAGAAAAUAAAAUCAAAAGACUGGCAAUGGCAAUAAAAUAUGAAUGUGGCGACUUCCUUCAGUUUCAGGAAUCGCUGAAAAAGAUGCGAGAACUGGACGACAAAAUCAUUUACGCAUUGAACACAUCGAUACCCACCGAAUCAUUUAAGGGUCAAAUAUCGCCCAGCCAAACAUGCGAACGAUUGUAUAAUCAAUUGCAGGAGAAUUACACGAAUCGGGAAAAGGCAAUAACGAAUUGCAUUCUCGUCACAGCCGAUUCGGUGAAGGGACUCAAAGUGAAACGGGACGAAAAUCGGGACGACAUUAGCGCAACUCAAGCAUUUAAAAAUGAGCAGCGUAAGCUGAGGAUGUUGCAGAGCGAGCUAAAUGUGGAGGAUAUCAUUAAGCAACGUACCGUCAAAACGUUCAAUGAACGAUGUCGAAUGUUUUUCACCAUGGGCGCGUUGUGAUGCGAUCGACGGAGUAUUAAAACCAAUUUUUUUUUAUAAAUGAUUUUGUGGUGAAAAUAAUUUAGAGCAAUACACACGGUUACUUAGACAUUGCAGACACAA